GGCUGCGAUUCGGCGGCGCUGGGAGUCGGGAACCGCGGCUGAACUUGGGCGCCACGUUCCGGGCGACAGCAGGGAGAGGAUGGUGAACGCUCGCCACCGCUGACCCUGCUUUUCCUCAGCUCCUCCCCGGCUGCCGAGUCCCCGCACUGAUCUCCUCUCCUGAAAGGGUGGGUGAACCUGCAAGCUCCCUACCCACCCGAGGACUUUUUUUUUUUUUUUAAAGGAAACGAGGGAGUGGGCAUUGGGAAAGAGGGAGAAAACGCAGGGGAGCUCGUCCAUCCGUGGAGGCACAGUUCACUAUGAUCUUACUCGCCUUCAGCACUGGAAGAAGGUUGGAUUUCGUGCAUCGUUCAGGGGUGUUUUGCUUGCAAACCUUGCUUUGGAUUUUAUGUGCUACGGUCUGCGGAACGGAGCAGUAUUUCAAUGUGGAGGUUUGGUUACAAAAAUACGGCUACCUUCCACCGACUGAUCCCAGAAUGUCUGUGCUGCGUUCUGCAGAGACCAUGCAAUCGGCCCUAGCUGCCAUGCAACAAUUCUAUGGCAUUAACAUGACAGGAAAAGUGGACAGAAACACAAUUGAUUGGAUGAAGAAGCCUCGAUGUGGUGUCCCGGACCAGACAAGAGGCAGCUCCAAAUUCAACAUUCGUCGAAAGCGCUACGCACUAACUGGACAGAAAUGGCAACACAAACAUAUCACUUACAGUAUAAAGAACGUAACUCCAAAAGUUGGAGACCCUGAGACCAGGAGAGCAAUUCGCCGUGCCUUUGAUGUGUGGCAGAAUGUAACUCCAUUAACAUUUGAAGAAGUUCCCUACAGUGAACUAGAAAAUGGCAAACGUGAUGUGGAUAUAACCAUCAUUUUUGCAUCUGGUUUUCAUGGAGACAGUUCCCCCUUUGAUGGGGAGGGAGGAUUUUUGGCACAUGCCUAUUUCCCGGGACCAGGAAUUGGAGGAGAUACUCAUUUUGAUUCUGAUGAGCCAUGGACACUGGGAAAUCCCAAUCAUGAUGGAAAUGAUUUGUUCCUGGUAGCAGUUCAUGAGCUGGGUCAUGCUCUCGGGCUGGAGCAUUCCAAUGACCCCACUGCUAUCAUGGCGCCAUUUUACCAGUACAUGGAAACGGACAACUUCAAGCUUCCUAAUGAUGAUUUGCAGGGCAUCCAGAAAAUAUAUGGUCCUCCUGACAAGAUCCCUCCACCUACAAGACCUCUGCCGACAGUGCCCCCUCACCGAUCUGUUCCUCCGGUUGACCCAAGGAAAAAUGACAGGCCAAAACCUCCCCGGCCUCCCACUGGCAGGCCUUCCUAUCCAGGAGCCAAACCCAACAUCUGUGAUGGGAACUUCAACACUCUAGCUAUUCUUCGACGGGAGAUGUUUGUUUUUAAGGACCAGUGGUUUUGGCGAGUGAGAAACAACAGGGUGAUGGAUGGAUACCCCAUGCAAAUUACUUACUUCUGGCGGGGCUUACCCCCCAGUAUUGAUGCAGUUUAUGAAAACAGUGAUGGAAAUUUUGUCUUUUUUAAAGGUAACAAAUACUGGGUGUUCAAGGAUACAACUCUUCAACCAGGUUACCCUCAUGAUUUGGUUACCCUUGGGAAUGGAAUUCCCCCUCACGGUAUUGAUUCUGCCAUUUGGUGGGAAGAUGUUGGCAAAACCUAUUUCUUCAAAGGCGACAGAUAUUGGAGAUAUAGUGAAGAAAUGAAAACCAUGGACCCGGGCUAUCCCAAGCCCAUCACCAUCUGGAAGGGAAUCCCUGAAUCACCCCAGGGAGCUUUUGUCCACAAAGAAAAUGGCUUUACCUAUUUCUACAAAGGAAAGGAGUAUUGGAAAUUCAACAACCAGAUACUCAAAGUAGAACCUGGGUAUCCAAGAUCCAUCCUCAAAGAUUUUAUGGGCUGUGAUGGACCAGCAGACAGAGAUAAAGAAGGACUCAGUCCACCAGAUGAUGUAGACAUUGUCAUCAAACUGGACAACACAGCCAGCACUGUGAAAGCCAUAGCUAUUGUCAUUCCCUGCAUCUUGGCCUUAUGCCUUCUUGUAUUGGUUUACACUGUGUUCCAGUUCAAGAGGAAAGGAACACCCCGCCACAUACUGUACUGUAAACGCUCUAUGCAAGAGUGGGUGUGAUGUAGGGAUUUCUUUUUCUCUUUCUUUUCCAGGAGUUUGUGGUAACUUGAGAUUCAAGACAAGAGCUGUUAUGCUGUUUCCUAGUUAGGAGCAGGCUUGUGGCAGCCUGAUUCGGGGCUGACCUUCCAAACCUAGAGGGUUCCUGGUCCUGCACAUGAGUGGAAAUACAUUCAUGGAGAAGCUUCCAUGAGGCACAGUAUCCGCUGUUCUUCAGUCCUCUGUCUUUCUUUGUCAUUCAGUUGUAGGCCUUUCCUCUGCACGCUCAAUGCCCAGUAAAAUUUCAGGAUUAACUGAAGAAGAGGAAAUAUAGAAGAAAAGUUUCUUCUUAAUUUUUAAAAAAUACUUUUCCUUCUGAAAUCUGAGCCCAUUUCUGGGAGAGAGAGAGAGAGAGAAAGAGAGAGAGCGAGAGAGAGAAAAAAAGAGCAAAUCAGAAAACCCAUUAGGUUCUUGCUUUAAAGCAAAAGAAGAAAGAGUUUUAAAACAACACAAAAUUCAUAAAUGAACUUUCAGGAAAGUGUGAAGACCCAAAACAGCUUUGUCUCCAAAGAAGAUAGCUCUGUGACCACUAUGGAUAGUCUCCUGCACAUCGUUUUUUUCAGGUGGGAGAUCUGGAACAGACAUGCAGGACUCUAGACUGUUGGGACAGCCAUUUUCCAACAAACAAGGGGCCAAAAUAUCUGCAAUAUAGUAACAGCCUUAAUAAUACAUGCAUUUUUCGUUUUCUACAGCUGUCCUCAGCUAUGUCCACAACGUUUCAUCACCGCCACCCUCAUAGCUGUUUUCCAACAGGACCUUUUGAUUGUUUUGAAAUCUUUCUGAACCCCCUCUUGCCUCCUGACCCAACAUCAUUGUGAUGUUCUUCUUCGUUGUGUCAGGCCUUUGUUCCAGGCCUUCCAUUGGUCUGUCAGCAAUACUCAGCAGAAAGCAGAGCAGGAACAAGUGUGUCUCUGACGUCAUUAAGUGAUGGUUAUUAUUUAAAGACAUGCGACUCUGGUCGUACAUCGGUGUAACCCUUUGAGAACUAUCAGACCAGGCUCAAGAGUCAUGUGGAUCAGUCUUGCAGUCUGGUCACAUUGGUAGAACUGGCCAACAGUGGAAGCCAUCACAGGUUCAACAAGUUCAGAUGUGUAAAGCAUACCUUAAACCCUAUGUAAUUCUUUAAUGACUGACAGCAGCCCAUAAAUACUUUUAUAACAAACAACAGUGAUGUGACUUGCCAAAAUUUUUCUGGCAAAUAAAAAAAGAUAUUUUGUUAACUAUAUCUUAUGAGAGUGAAAUUUUAUUUGAAUAAUUGGUUAGAAGAAACUAAGCCUUUUCUUCUUCAGACACACUGAAUUUUUUUAUUUAAAAUCCAUUGCAUGAAAAUUCAAUUUGCCAUAAAAUAUCCAGUUAGCAUUGUGGGGUUAAAAAAGAAUUAAAACAAUGACUCUGAGUUUGCAUGAAUACUUUCCAAUGCAUUACCAAUUGCAUGUCAGCCAUAGUUCUCAAAGGGUUGGUGUGGCUUCUGGCAUUUAGCCAUCCAUUUGAUCACUGACAGAGCCAAGAGACACCAAAGCAUUCCAUUGUUGAGUGUAAUUUGUCCUAACAGCAGUAUUGUCAUUUUAAUGUGACCUGCAGAGCAGGUUUGUAUCAAUAUUUUUUUCCUAGAGAAAAGUCAGCAACUGACAGACCUCUAUUGAUUUUAGGAGCUGCUUCUUGCAGUGAAAGUCUUUGCAGCCACUGGGCUGUGAACUUAUUAGAGAUGGUCAGAAGGAAAGCACCCCACAAGUCAGACAAUUGGCUUUGUGUGAAAGCCAGCUUUGGAGGGGAUUAGCUUUUGAAACAAUGAACAGCUUGCCUUGAACUUGAUAUUGAUCUGUUGACUGUCAUUAACAACAACUUAAACAUUGUCUUCUGUGAAAAUUUUCCCUGAAGAGUCCUGUUCUGUGUCUUUGCCCUUUGACCUUUAACUUGCAAACUGGCACAAACUGAAGGAAAUUUGGUGUCGCUUCUCCAUUGGAUUGUUACUCUCUAAGACCUAGUAAGCAAGAGCUGUUUCCUUAACGUGGAGAGAGUUUGGGUAUUGGAUCUGCAGUUGGACACUUUGCUCUCUACAUGCACACUCUGAAUAUGCCCUAUAGGUAGAGGUAUUUUUUUUAAUUUUUUUCUUUAAUUUCAAGCUUAAUUUCAUCAUUUUAGUAAAAAUUACAAAAAAAAAUAGGAAAAAAAAACCUCAAAUACUUGAAUGGCCAGUGUGGCUUUUAUAUAAAGCAGGAAUUUUAUACUAGUGAAAAUUUCUUACUCAUUUGCUAAUAAUACACAUUUCCAGAUGAUUUUUAAUGAGUGUAGGUAUACAUUCUUAUUUGGAAAUGGAUAGUUUGGCUGCCUUGAAUUUAUAUUUAUACUCAACAUAGCAUGAAAAUUAGAAUGCGUUUUGGUUAAACUACAUGUUUAUGAUUUGGUUGGGGAAAAUAUUUUUUAAUCAUGGGUGGCAUGCUGAAAAGCCUUGCAAGCUGGUGUUUCCUACAAUCUGAGCAUAUAUCCUGUAAGGCUAAGACAAAAAGAACAGUUUGAAAAGAGGAAUGGCUUUGUAGUAUCACUUAUGAAAUGCAGUUUGGACUUCAACAGGACAUCAAAGAUUUGAAUGUAAGGGUCAAUAAGAAAGGGGAGGGCCAGGAUCAGCCCUGUAUCUUUACUUCAGAACUUCCUUUCUAGAUAAUGCUAAUAUUAUAGUUAGUUUCUGCAGAGCAUGGCGGACCGUAUACAUAAACCUGUUGAUACAGUGUUUGCUUGUUAGAGGGUUUAAUCCUUUCAGGAUCUUGAUGUCAAGAAAAAAAAAAUGACUGGAUGCUUUUUUCUAAUGAUAGAAGUGAGGAACUGUAACAUUUCGGGACAUGUGCAAAUCAUUGAGAAACUCCAUCAACGUACAUUGAACCUUUUUUUCUCUCUAAAAUCAAAAAGAAGUCGAAUAAGCAAUCUCUUGCCUCUUUACUCAUUCACCACAGUACCCUGAUUCGUCACAAGACUGUAAGUACCUAAGGGCUCGAAAACAAUCACAGUGUUGAAAAGGAAGGAAUCUUCAUUUUGCUUGAGUUAUGGCAAACAUUAUGAAUAUGAUUUGGGUUGUGUUGCCUUGAAUAUGAGAAGUCUAUGUACUUUUAAAACAGGUUUAUAUGUCUACUAUCUUGACUAGGACAUUUAUAAGAUGAUAAAUGAUAAGAACUAAGUAUGAUGUAAUAAAAAAAAAACACUGGGGUUCCUUUGUUCAUUGUGUGCCAGGCACUAUAUCCAUAUGGUUGCUGACUUUUCUUACACUUGGGAUUUGUUUUGUUUUGUUUUCAAAAAAAAAUGAAAUAAAAGAAAAGAAAAGAGAAAUGUGGCAAUGCUAAAGAAAGCAGGAAAAUGAAAAUGAUGAAUUAAUCUAGUAUAUGAAAAUAGCAAUUAGAAAUUUUAAAAAGGACGUUCUCUGCAUAAAAAACAUAAUGUCAGCUCAAUAUCAGUGAAGACAUGCAAUCAAUCAAGUCUUUUUCUGUCAUUUCUAAAUGAGUAACAUGAACAGCUCAAACCUACUAUUUCCAAAACUGAAAUGAAAACAUAUUCAUGUUCAUAAAUAAUUCAUCUGCUUCAUUAUUUUUAUUACUUUACCAAAUAUUGAAGACAAUUGUAAACAUGGUACUGGUUUUACAUAAAAUGAAUUUGUAGUUUAAAAUUUCAGAUAAAUAUUGUUUCUCUAUACAUUAUUAAUCAGACGAAGUAAAAUAUUAAGAUAGGUGGCCAGUUGGAAUGUUUUAUAAAGCAGUAGUUCUGCAUCAGUGUGUAAAGAAAGCUGUAAUUUUAGAUAACUGCUAACCCAUCUGAGAACAAAGUUUUCUGCAGACGGCCACCACAACAGGUGAGGACAGAUGUUCGCCGACAUGACAAAGGCUACAGAGCUCAAUUAGAGAACAGUAGUAGUAGAACUCUACUAGCAAAUAGAGUCUCUGUUCCUAACCAGAGAGCUAGGCUUAUCUCAAACAAAUGUAAUAAAUUCGUAAGUAAUAAUCACCAAAAACAAUUACUAAGUAUUCAAAAAUAGAGACAGCUUUACUGAAAUAAGAAAAUGUUACCUUUGUUACUUGAGCCGCCUACAAUCUCUUUUAUCAACACAUAAUUUGGCUUUUCACAUACUGUACAUUUAUUUGUAUUUCAUUUCUGUGAAUGAUUACAAUGUAAUGUAGUGGCUAAAAGAACAUUGCCUGGAUUCUACUGCCCGCUGAGAUCUGAAAGAGGGUGUAUAUACUGGAUUCUAGGAAGAGUAAUGUAAUAUUCUCAAGUUCUCCAUAUUGUGUUAAUAUCUCUAAUAUGGCACAAAUUCUGACUCCUGUCAUGUGGACCUUAUAGCUGAGUAACUGGUGUGCCCAUAUUAAUUGAACUCAAUGUGCUCUCUGAAGAAGAAUAGCUGUUAUACUUGAAUAGAUAUGUUACACAAAAGUCAUACAAAUAAUCAGAUUUUUAGGUAUUUUGAAUUUAUUUCCAGAAACAAAUAAAGGCAGUGAUUUGCUGAUAGUUUUGAGUCUGUGAGCUUGUAGUAUAUAAUGAAAUAAGCCUGGGGAUGGUGAGGAAGUGUUUACAGUAAUCACAGCAAAAUGUUUAAUUUUUGAUACUUUAAGAGCAUAUUCCAAGCUAUCAUAGGCACAAUCUACCAUUGAGACCACAGUUUGACAUUCAGAUGAUCUAUAGAAAAGAGGUACAAAUACAGUAUCUACUAAGCUAUGAUACCAUAGAAGGGGUCAAGCCACUCAUGUGGUAGAGUCUUAUCCUUCUGUCCAGUGGCAUUCACCUCCAUAAUAGAUGUAAAAGAACCACAGGAAAUAAGUGUCAGAGUCUAGUAAUGAGUUUCUUGUUGUCUAAGAAGAAAGGAGAGCUAUGCCAUAAAGUUUAAACAAGUACCCUUUAAAGGCUAAACUCAGUAGAAUAAAGAAACUAACAACCAAGGAUAGCACCACAUCAUUCAUGUGAAAACUCCAUUUUAUAAGUAGAGUGGGCAGUGAAGAAGGUCAAAACCAGUCUUUUGUUAAAUAUAAAGUCAUACUUUAGCACUCUGUAACAUUACAACUGGAAGUUUUAUUUUAGCAAGAUCAAAAUAAUAGAGAAAAAAAUGAAACUUCAAGCUCCUACACCACUGAUGAGUGUGGUAUCAAUGUAUAUACUUAGUCAGUGCUCAGUAGAUGUCACUGUGUAAAUGUGUCUGAUACUCACCCAUUGCCUCAUAGACCCAAAAUGUUAAAAGCAACCCCAGUCAGAAAGACAUUAGAACCCUGUGAGAAAAGCCAUUUCUCUAGGAUAGAAACUUACCUCAAUAAUCAUAAAACGCAGAACACUUGGCAUAGUAGCAAAAGUUGCCUUAGUGUUUCUAGUCUGAUCUACAUGUCUAUAAUGCACCACUCACACCAUUUCUCUUGUCUGGCUAUUGGUCUACAUUUGAGUUGAUUUUGAGAUAUUUGAGGUCAGAUUAAUAACAUCUAACUAUAUAUCUCCUUCAACAUGUCUACUCUGAAAUAGAAUUCAAUAGUAUAGAAAACCUAGAACGAUGACUGACUUGACAUAGUCACAGAAAUUCACUGAAAAUCCCUGGUGAUAUUUCAUAAUUCCCACCUAUUUGCUGGUAGUAACCAGAAGUGGCAGUUUUCCGUGUUUGAGCAUGGCUAUGAACUAAUGACAGAACAUGACAUACAUCAUUACUUGAGAGUAAAUAGUAGGUAGUGAUAGAAGACUACAAAAAGUUUAGUGACAUAACAAAGGUUUCACAGGCAUUUGUAGGGAUUUUUUUUUAAGAAAAUGGAGCAAAAAAUCAGUACUUGGGAUCAGUACAUCAUAACCAGAAGAAGCUAUAUGUGGAGAACAUUUAUAUGUGGAGAGAUCUGAGAUUCUAUGUCUUUCAAUGGAAAAAGGAGUGUGUCUUGUAAUUUUCUUAUAUUAACAUAGAGCUAAUUAUAUUAUUCAGAUGUGUGCUCUAUGUGUCCUUCUAUGAAAGGGCACGCUGGGCUAUGAAGGAAAACCUAUCACGAGUUGGAGUGUUGUGCUGACUCACAUGACAUUGCCAUGCGCUCUGCCACAGAGCUGGAUAUUUAUGCCCUUAAGAAGGGAAGAAAAAUAUAAAUAUAACACUUUCCCACUAUGCCACUUAGCUUCAAAGUAAGAUAUCACUAUUAUUUCACUGAGAAAAUGAAAAGGAAGGAUGGUGGGCUAGAAUAAAGCAAACAAACAAAACAAAGCUGUACCUUACAAAGACAUUCUCUACAGUUUCUUUCACCUGCAUUUGUUCAUAUAAAAAAAAAACAUUUUUUUCCAUAUAUAUGAGUUGCAUAUGGACCUCUUUCUAGCGUUUGCUGUGCACCUAGACUGGAUUGCAAGCGUAGUGUUUUCAGCACAGGCCUUUGAUACAUGCUGUGGUGAGGUGUGACAGGAAGGGAUAGGCUGUGGUGCUGCUUGUACUUGCAAGAGUUGGAUGAAUGUGUGUUGCUGUCUUGGCAGUAUACUGAUGAAUAGAGCCUUGUGUACCCUGUCUAUUUGAAGUCACUAGAAUGCAUGUUUGCUGUCAUGUGAUACCAAUUGGAUCUCAUUCCCUUUCUAUAUACCAAUAGCCCACUUGUUAGUAUAAAACAUACUUCGAAUGAAUAGUUUCAGUAGUAAUGCAAGGGUUAUCUAAUAUAAUUUUUUUACUACACUGACAUAAUAUUACCACCUCACUUCUUGCUUCUUGUGAAUUCGACUUUCUGUGUUAAAUUAGGAAUUUAUGUUGCAUAGUCAUUUUCUUCUUUUACAUAUGAUAUAAAUUCUAUUCUAUAUUCAUUAUAUAUGAUAUUAUUCCUUUCUAUAGUCAUGGAUACAAAUUUCAAAGUCAACCAACCAUGGAUUCUAAUCAAGAGUGGAUGAUUGUCAGCAUUUUCCACACACCUUUCUGUGAUCAUUAUUUGAUUCCUUUCAGUCACCAUUGUUUUCUCCCCAAUUUUAUUGUUUUUUAAUUAGAUUUUAUUUUCGUUCUCUUUGUGAAAACCAGAAUUUAGGAACAUAAAGGUGAAACCCUGGAGAUGUGUCUUUGUUCCUCAGAAUUUUCCAUCAUAAAUUACAUGGAAAACAUAGUCCUUAUAGCAUCCCAAACUUCUGCAUUGGUUUAUAUUUUUAUAGAGCUCUUCCCCUGAAAAGAAGUGAAAUGCUGAGUAUAAUUGCUGUUAUCUGUUGAAAAGACAGCAAUGAAAAUUUAUUUUGGGAGAAUGUAUGAAAUAUAAAUAUACAGUAUGGUAAAUAUCACGAUGUAGUGUUUAAGUACAUUAGGAGGAAACGCAUGCUUACAGCCUUGAAUCUUUAUUUCCCAUUAGAGGUAAAUUGCAUAUAUAAGAAAGAGAUAGAUAGAAUAAAGAAUAAUGUAUGUCAUAGCAGUGGCUUCUGCUGCAUUGCUUUUGACUAUAUCAGCAUUUCUAUGGUGGACCUCUGUUUUCAGGGGAUUUAGAGACUUGCCCAUAAAAAUUUGCUUCAAUCAUAAAAAUCUUUAAAAAUUUUUUUCUAACAUGUAUCUAAUUUUAAUAAAAUAUUUUUUGGUUUUAUAUUAUGGAAAUUAAAUGGCUGGAGUUUACUGGUUUAAUUUUGUGCUAAUAUAAACUUUUAACAAGAUUAAUUUUUAAUAAAAACAUAAAAUAUAAUCAGUUCAUAGUCUAAUUUUUUAAACAAAUCAAAUAUUGUUGACAUUGAGAAAUUUGCCUGCUUCACCAGUGUGGUAUUUAUCUUUAAGAUGUUUUUAGAAUUCAAUACAUGUUGUUAUCUUGAUUCCAAUAGUGAAUCAAUAUAACUGACAAUGAGUAUAGAUAUGUGAUAUCUAUAUAAGCUAUCUGGUAACGUAUUUUGGGAAAUAUAUAGUGUACGAUAUAUAUGUGUCUGUAUUUAUACAUAUAUAUUCACUAGACAGGUUAAGAGAAAGAAGCACUCAUCACUUAUCAAAUAAAUACCAUAUUUUUUUAAAAUAUUACACAGGCAUUUAACCUUCAGAGUCCAAAUGAAAUAUAAGCAAUUGCAGAGGAAAAUUGUCUUAUAGGUAAACACCUAGCAUUGUAUAGCUUCCUAUGAAAAUCACCUCUCAUUUGUAUAGUGUGGAUAUUAGGAAUCAAACAUUAAAGGUAAAACAGAAUUUAUAAGACAACGUUAGACUACGAAGCAGAGAGAAAGGCCAGGAAAUUAGGAUUUUAGACAGUUGUCUUGUGGUUGACUGUGUCUUAGCCUUUAUUUAAUGCCUAAAAUGUUUUCAGUUACCGAGGGAGUAUGAAAAUAUAACUCUGAGUUUCUUACAUUGUACUCUACAUUAUCUCACUAAAGUUUUGAUAACAUGUACGUUUCUGUGUACAAGGCAUGGAAUGACACAUUUAUUUUCUCAGUGGAUUUUCAGGGUUGAAUGUUAUGGUUUUGCCCACACAGAAUUAUACACAUUUAUUCCAUCUUAACCUUGGCAUAUUUUUUUUUUCUGAUUGCUUCUACUGACAAACACAAAGCUUGUUUGUGUGCAAAUAAAAGGCUAAAUAAAUGGUGCUAAAGUGUAUUAUGACUGUCAGAUAUAAUCAGGCAAAAUUUUGUGGUGCUUCAAUUAUUUUUUUCAUUGAUUUUAUUGACCAGUGUAUUGAACAGUGUUUCUUCACAAAUUGUCUUUUAUUAGUACAAUUAAAGCUUCAUAGCACAUUGUUAAUAAAACGAUUGCCUAGUUUGUGUAAUAGCACAUCAAGCUAUUAUCUCCUUGACUCCUUAUAAUGAGGCCUCAUUAAAGGUCAAGGGUCAUGCUAUUAAUCUCCUUCUAUAGAUCAGUAACAUGACUGAGUAUUUUCACCAUGUACUUAUGUUUACAAUGCUAUAACCCUUUGACUGCUGCGGCAACCUUAACCAUACAAAUGUCACAAGCUAGAAUCAUCAGCAUGGUUUGUGCCAUGGCAAUCAAAGAGUUAAGGGCUGUGCAGUUAUUUGUUUUGUAUUUAUUAAUUUAUAUUUAUUUCGUUUCCAUUCCAGAAGGGGUUUGGAUGGGGCAGUGUUUGUCUGCUGUAAGUGUCUUAACCUAAGGAAAGGUUUAAAGGCUUUUUAUACUGUUGCAUCUUCUGUAUUGACCAUCAAUUCAUUGUGCUGUAAUUUUAAAAAAAAUGUCAAUAAAUAAGAAAACCGAAAAAUCGUUCAUAGA